AUGCUGGACAUCAAGCAGGCUGACAAGGCCGUCAAGGCACUCCUUGGAUACGUCGAGAAGAAGGGAGAGAGCAAGGACCAGCUCAUGGAAGAUGACCAGACCGUCUGGUUGAUCAUUGCUACCAAGAAGUUUUCCGAUGCCAGCAAAGCAAAGCCCCACCGCAUUCCUCUUAAGCACUCUAUUGUCGCACCGGAUGCCGAGGUCUGUUUGUUUGUCAAGGAUCCUCAGAAGGACUUCAAGCGCCUGCUCGAGGAGAAGGGAGUCAAGGCUGUCAACAAGGUCAUUGGAGUCUCAAAGUUGCGCGCCAAGUACAAGCCCUAUGAGGCCAAGCGUCAGCUCUGCGCUUCGUACGGCUUGUUCUUGGCUGAUGCCCGUGUUGUCACAGUGUUGCCCAAGUUGCUCGGAAAGACCUUCUUCUUGAAGAAGAAGCAGCCCAUCCCCGUCGACAUGACCAAGAGUGACCUCAAGAAGGAGAUUGCAAGAGCCAUCGGAUCAACAUAUAUGCACACCACCAGCGGAACCUGCACUGCUGUCAAGGUUGGAUUGACGAGUCAGAGCGCAGCCGAGAUCACGGCCAACAUCGAGGCCGCCAUGCCCCAUAUCAUUGAAAAGAUUCCCCGCAAAUGGAAGAACAUUCAGUCUAUCAACUUGAAGACCAACGACUCUACAGCUCUCCCCAUCUUCAACUCUCUCCCCGACGAGGGCGUCACCCGCAUCGAAGCUUACGGAAAGAGGUCAAACGCAUUAGCAAUGGAUGAGGAUGAGGACGAGGAUGAGGAAGACGACGAGUAA